UACAUAUUGGCCCAGGGCCUAUGUAAAUGUAUGUUUGUGUCAGAGUUGCCGUACAUGAUAACAUUUUAACAUGUGCACAUCCUUACAAUCAAAAUCCUCUCUCAUCUUUCAGACUACAUGACUGUGACCUCUCCCAGGCAUCCUGUAGUGCCGUAGCUUCAGUCCUCCAGAAGCCACACUGUCCUCUCAGAGAGCUGGACCUCAGUGGAACUUACCUGGGGGAUGUGGGGGUUCAGCUGCUGUGCUCAGGACUCACAAGUCCAAACUGUAAACUAGAAGUGUUGAGACUACAUGACUACCUCCUCUCCCAUGAGUCCUGUAGUGCCAUAGCUUCAGUCCUCCAGCAGCCACACUGUCCUCUCAGAGAGCUGGACCUCAGUGGAAAUAACCGGGGGGAUGUGGGGGUUCAGCUGCUGUGCUCUGGACUCAAAAGUCCAAACUGUAAACUAGAAGUGUUGAGACUCUCUGGAUGUCAUCUCACAGAAUCCAGCUGUUUAAUUCUUCACUCUGUUGUGGGUUCUGAUCACUCCUGUUUGAGAGAGCUGGAUGUCAAUGAUAAUGAUCUGGAAGAUUUAAGUGGGAUGCUCGGCCAGAGGCUUAAAGAUCCAACAUGUAAGCUGGAAACUCUCAAGACAGGAUCAUGUUCUGCUUCCAAUCCUGUUCAGUUUCAGCCUCCUGCUAUAACUUAUCCAGCCUUUAAUACGUCACCACCCUUUCCUUCUGGCUCAAGUCAAGUAUCUGACAACAGCAGAGAAAUCUCAGGAGUCCCAACAAUGGACUCUGAUUAUGAGUACAUGGUACCUGACGAUGAAGAAUUCAAUCAAAGUAGUUGCAGCCGUGGAGCAGAAGAAGAACAUGAUGAUGAUCAUGUAGAGCAUGUUGCUGUUGUAUUGGAAGGGAGAGAAGGAGGCACCUGUAGUGACAGAUCUGUUGUACCAGAGGUAUUCACUCCGGAAAGCUAUCCAUACAAUGGGAGGAAAUCAUACAGGUUCACAUGCUCCUCAGAGGGUCUGUUUCAGUGCCGAUACACAGGAUUGGUGUUCAAAAUGGACACAGCCGGUGAUGUAGAGUAUCGAACAGAGCCAUGGAGCUCCACACAGCUUAAGGACAGCUAUGUGCCAGCAGGACCUCUGUUUGACAUCAAGUGUCUAGAGGGCACUCUGUCACAGCUACACCUUCCACACUGUGAGGUACUUUCUGGGAAAGGAAGCAAGCACUUGUCCGUAAUCCAUAGCAAUGACUCGGAUAAGUCUGAAAUGCUUCUUCCCAAUGAGACGACAGACUCCCAUGUGGUUUUAAACAUCAGUGGAUGCUCUAAAUACGGCCUGACGAAGAAGCAGCCCAAGACUAAAUACUCCCCAAUUAAUGGACUAGUGCUGCUGUUCCUCCAAGACUUGACACUGAAUGUCUUACUGUUGCCGAAAAAUGUUGACAUUCCUGAGGUUUGUGAGAAGAGAAAGAAGAUGAAGGAACCUGCAGAAGAGAUGUACAUUGACACACCUCCAAACUGCGAACUUGUCCCUAAAAAGGUGUAUUGCCUCUGCUCUGAACCAAAGGAACAUAAAGUCACUCCUUCGAGCGCAACCUUCGUUGAUUAUGAGCUCUAUGACAACUAUGUUUCUGCAUUCCAAGUUCAAUUAACCAAACUUGAAAAUGUGGAGUUGAAGCUGAACCAAAAGGGUUGUAAAUCACCGGUUUGGUGUAAUCAUGUGAUCAUUUCAGCCUGCCCAGCAGGAAGCAGCCCAUCAGCAUCUCCUCCCUCCAGCCCAUACACCCCACCAGGUCAGGACUUCUUCCACAGACACAAAGCUGAGCUGGAGACACGUCUUGGAUUCCUGCCACCUAUUCUCACUGAGCUGGAGAGAUGUGAAGUUCUGAAUGGGGAGGAGAGAGAGGAGGUGGAGAGCAAGAAUGUGAAAUCCCAGAAGAACCAAACUUUGCUGAGCAUGCUGAAGGAUAAAGGAGGUCCAGCUCAGGAGGAGUUCUACAAGGUUCUACUGAAGAAGGAUAAGUUUCUGGUCAAGGCCCUUGAGAAUCAUCCCACAGACAGGACGUCUGCAUAGAGCCAGGGCAAAUGCUUAAUCGCAUGACAAAUGCAAUUUCUGGGAAACAGAAAAAAAUAUUUUAUUUAUUGAAGAGAUUUUUUUUCUCAAGUGAAUUCUUCACAUGAAUGAUAUGAUUCACUAUGUUUAUGUACUGUGAUGGGACGUCUUUAAAGUUUGGCUUGGUUUUAUAUUAGUUACUUCUUGUGUUUUGGACCUGUUGCCUUUCAUUGGUAGCUGAUGUGUAUCAUCUGGACAUGACAAUAUGAUCAGAACAAAGCAAUAUAAUAUUUAUCAUUUAUUACAAUGAGAUGUGUGUUUUUUUAAAAAACAAUUAUUUUGUAGACUUUACCCUCAAAGCCAUGUUUUUGUGUAUGUGGAGGAGAGUUUGGUGCUCCAAUGAUGUGAAUUAAUUACUACUGAAACACAGACACCAUUACCUACCUCUCAUAGCAGGUGCCUUGUGUGUCCUGGAUUUCUACCUAUCAACCUCGAUUCUAUUCACAGUAUGGUACAUACAGCACAUCCUGGGUUUCUGUCUGUCUAUAUAUAUAUUAGGGGCUUUUAUGCCUUUAUUUGACAGGACAGUCGAAGAUGGUCAAGUCAAGACAGCUUUUAUUGUCACUUUCUUCAUAUGCACAAGUCAUACAAGGAAAAUGAAAUUGUGGCAAGGAAUGGGGACAGGAAGCGAAUGGGACAGAGAGACAGGGGAGGAUCGGGAAACGACCCCAGCCAAAUUCGAAGCAGGGUCCCUUGGGUGGGCAUGCAAGCCCAAAUGUGGGGGGCUUAGCGCGCUGCGCCACAGCGCCCCCUCCCCCCAUCUGUCUAUUAUACCUGUAUGUCACCGUGCAUUUCUGCAGCUGGACUGAUGAUAAAUGUUGAUGACACAACAGUGAUGUACAAUGUGUGGUGCACAGGGAUCUCCUGCAAUGUACAGGAUCUCCUGCAGUGUACAACAGUCUAAUGUGUCAUGUGUACAGCAUCUGUAUCUGAACAGGUGCAGUGCCAUUAUGUGUAAACACAGCAUUGCUGUGUAGUUGAGUUAUGGUUGAAUAUACAAUGACUUUGAAUGGUUUCAGGUUUCAUGUGUUGUGUGCAUGUUUGCUUAUACAGUAUUUACCCUAAAGGCUGUACAAAUGCAUAUAUUUUUUUAAUUAUUUUUGUAACUAGUGUGAACAAGUCUAAAUGAAUUAAUGCAGCAGAAAAAUCUGGGGGGAGAGUUGUAAUAUGUGUAUCUGUGUUUGUACUUUUUAAACUUUGUUUUGAUACUUGGACCAAAUAGACUCGCACUAUUGGUUGUGGAAAUGCAUAUCCCGAGGUCAUUUUAACAACUUCAAUUGUUUUGAAGAACGGUAGGCAUAUAACCUAUGAAUUACUUCUGUGUACAAGAAAACAAUCUCUCGUGUUUUGUUUUUCCAAAUGACACUGUUAAUAUCUCUGGCCAGAAAGGAUUUUUCUUUUCAUUUCGUUGGUGUUUUUUUCCUGGGGUGAACUGAUCUGGCAGCAACUGUGUACUUUAGAUACACACAAAUAUUAUAUUUUUGUACUUUGUGAUUUUGUACCUUUACAGAAACUGAUAUGACAGCCUAUAGGUCCUACAUGUUUAUGUUUUAUACAAAGAGGCUCUAGAACGAAACCUGUAACAGAGAUAGGCCUUUUGUAAACAUCUGAAUAAAUAUGCUCUGCAUA